AUGCCACACUCAGUAUCUGCAGACUCUUCCCACAGAGACGAAGAGGACCUUCCAGAUGCCCCCUCUGGAGGCGAGAAAGAUGUUGCUGGGGUCAAGCUCGAGGACAUGUUUGAUGACGAAGAUGAAGAUUUUCCAGCAUCGAAUGCUCAGGAUGUGAAGAUGGAAUUCUCACCGGCUUCGUCGCCAGCAGGUGCUCCGACUGCAGCCCCGGUGGGCGUGGAUAUGGAUGUUAUGCUAGCCUUCUAUCAACGCCUCUUUCCGUUUCGCUACCUGUUCCAAUGGUUGAACCAUGGUGUUGUGCCGACGAAGGACUUUGGCAAUCGUGAAUUCGCUCUCACUCUUCAAAAUGACGCAUAUCUUCGAUACCAAUCUUAUCCAACCGCAGACUUAUUUAGGAAAGACAUCCUCAAAAUGAACCCGUCACGAUUCGAAAUCGGCCCUGUGUACAGUGCGAACCCGAGGGAUCGCAAAACACUCCGAGGCGGCCAGAUGAAACCCAUUUCGAAAGAGCUGGUAUUCGAUAUUGAUAUGACGGACUACGAUGACAUUCGGACAUGCUGUCAAAAAGCCAAUAUUUGUCACAAGUGCUGGGCAUUCGUGACAAUGGCCAUCAAAGUCAUUGAUAGUGCUCUGCGGGAGGAUUUUGGAUUCGAACACAUCCUGUGGGUUUACUCUGGUCGUCGUGGUGCUCACGCUUGGGUUUGCGAUGCCCGGGCGCGGAGCCUGCCAGAUGAUCGUCGCAGAGCCAUCGCAGGCUACCUUGAAAUUCUACGCGGAGGGUCUCAGAGCGGCAAGCGAGUGAAUAUCAGGCGACCCCUUCACCCUCACAUUACGCGUAGUCUCGAUAUCUUGAAGAACCACUUCGCGCAAACCACACUCAAGGAUCAAGACACUUUUGCAAGUGACGAGCAAGUCGAGAAACUGUUGGGCCUGCUUCCAGACAAAUCAUUGAAUGAGUCGCUUAGGAGGAAAUGGGAGUCUUCCCCAGAUCGGCCCAGUACAAGCAAAUGGGCAGAUAUCGAUGCGCUUGCGAAGGCUGGAAAAAGCAACACAUUGAAUACAUCUGCUCUUCGAGAUGCCAAGCAAGACAUCGUUCUCGAGUACACGUAUCCCCGGCUCGAUGCUGAGGUCAGCAAGAAAAUGAUACACUUGCUGAAGAGUCCCUUCGUGAUCCAUCCUGGCACAGGGCGAAUCUGUGUGCCAAUUGACCCACUCAAGGCCGAGGAAUUUGAUCCCUUGACUGUUCCUACUGUUAUGGAGCUACUGGGAGAGAUUGAUGCCUAUGACGCGAAGCAUCCCCCCGCUGCUGCCCCCGAGGGUGGAGCGGACAUCGAGGGCAGUGUGCAAAAUGACCAGGACACCAAGGGCGCCCGCAAGCUUCAAGACUACGAAAAGACCAGCUUGAAGCCUUAUAUCGACUUCUUCCGCUCCUUUAUCGCAAAUCUCUUGAAAGAGGAGCGCGCAGGGAAACGUGAGCGGGAAGAAACAGCGCCAGCUGUGAAAGCCGACCCCAUGGAGUUCUAG